GUUACUUCCCCUUCCGUAAUUGAACUCAGGAAGGAAAUGGAAUUAUAGAUCUCUAGAUCUAGACUUAGAUCAUAACAAUGGAUAGAGAAAACUAGAUUCCCCUAGAUCUAGAUCUAGAUUCUAAUUAAUAUAGAAUUUAUAGAUCUAUCUAAAUGUAGAUUCUAUACACUUCACUCGGAAUGACUUAGAUGUUUAAACCGAAAAUGGAAUUAGGCACACAGUUGGCAUUGUUUACACAUUUCUUAAGUUAAACUUGAACAGCUGACUGACUCAGUGACUGCAAUCACUGAUCACUCGGAAUCAGACUCAUUCAGUACAAUGGUCCAGACAUAUCAAUCACCCGUCAGGGUGUACAAACACUCUUUUGAACUUGUUAUGGCAGCUUAUCAAAAGAGGUUUCCCACCUGCAAAAUGAUUCCAGUAUUUCUAGGCAGUGACAUAACACAUGAGUUUAAAUCUGAAGAUGGUGCUGAGCACAUAGUGGAGAGAAGAUGUAAGCUGAAUGUCGAUGCACCAUAUCUUCUCAAGAAGAUUGCUGGUGUUGACCAUGUGAUAUUUAUUCAAAAGAAUCAUUUGAAUCGACGUACUAGAACAUUGGAUAUUGUUGCUCAUAAUGAAAGCUUCUCCUCUAGACUUACAAUUCAAGAACACUGUCACUAUUCGGUUCACCCAGAGAACCCCAACUGGACAUGCUUUGAACAGGAUGCCAGUCUGGAUAUUAAACACUUUUUUGGCUUUGAGAGUACAGUGGAGAAGAUUGCAAUGAAGCAGUACACCUCAAGUGUCAAAAAGGGUAAAGAAGUUAUAGAAUAUUACAUCAACGAACUUAUAAGUGAAGGAGUAACCUAUAUACCUCCAUGGAGCGCACCAGCAGGAGUUGAAAAUGCUGAAAAAGAAGAGGAUCCUAGUCAAGACAGUGGGCUGAGAAGCCGUUCAGAUAGCAUUGGGAGUCAGCAUAGCCAACAUAGUUUAGUGCUGGGCGCAACAGCAGCAUCUAUUCAAAGGAAAUCUCUUACACCACCAGAAGUUGUUCUCUCACCUGAAGGUGGACCUGUGAUUAAAACAGAUGUGGAUAAAAUUGAUGAUGAUUACAUUGCUAGAUUUCUGGGCCAUCUCACAAUGGUUGAAGAAAGUCAGCUUGUGCAGCUAAGAAGGUGGUUACAGAAAACACACAAAGGCAAGAUACCCAAGGAUGCGCACAUUUUGAGAUUUUUAAGAGCAAGGGAGUUUAAUGUGGAAAAGGCUCGAGAGAUGUUAGUUCAUUCUCUAGCCUGGCGUAAACUGCACAACAUCGACAAAAUCUUAGAAGGCUACAAGCUUCCUGAAGUGCUAGAGAGAUAUUAUCCAGGAGGCUGGCACUACUGUGACAAAGAUGGUCGCCCAUUGUAUAUCAUUAAACUUGGGCAGAUGGAUGUGAAAGGGCUCAUGAGAUCUGUUGGGGAAGAAGCUAUUCUUAGACAUGUUUUGUCUGUUAAUGAAGAAGGCCUACGAAGAGCUGAGGAAGCCACUCAAAAGAGGGGAUAUCCAGUUAGUGCCUGCACCUGCAUUGUUGACUUAGAAGGGCUUAGUAUGAGGCAUUUGUGGCGCCCAGGUAUUCGUGCUCUACUGAGAAUCAUUGAGACAGUUCAGGCUAACUAUCCAGAGACUAUGGGCAGACUUCUCAUUGUUCGUGCUCCGAGGGUGUUUCCUGUGUUGUGGACACUAGUCAGUCCAUUCAUAGAUGAGAACACGCGCAAUAAAUUCAUGAUAUAUGGCGGCAAGGAUUACCUAGGCACUGGUGGUCUGGUGGAGUUUAUGGAUAAGCAGUACAUACCAGAUUUUUUAGGUGGUGACUGCUAUUGUGAUGUCCCAGAGGGUGGCCUGGUGCCAAAGUCUUUGUAUCAAGAAGACUUGGUGGACAGAUCUCCAGAGGAGCAGACUCUUAGUACUGACAGCUUGUACCAGACUGCUGCAGUGGCUAAGGACUUUCCACAUGAGGUGUUGAUUGAGGUGCCAGAAAAAGGAAGUGUGGUUACCUGGGAUUUUGAUAUUCUGAAAGGAGAUGUGACAUUUACAGUUUUUCUCUGCCGAAAGGCAGCUCCACAGCAGCCUCUUCACCAACAUUAUGUAGGUGGUACAUCUGGCACUAUGGGCUGUGUGCAGUACAUUGACAAGACAAUGGUUGUUGGGCGAGACAUCAGUAUAGUAGAACCUCCAAAUAUAUGUCGGGAUGGUGACAGUGUGCAGGGAUCACAUGUGACCUCACAGCCUGGGCGCUACAUUUUACAGUGGAAGUAUUUCGAUACAACCAAGCCCUCAUUUGAUUUUCCACUCAGCUCUCACAAGUCAAAGGUCAUGUACCACACAGAGCUCCUCCCUUCAGCUGCGUUCAGAGGCUCCAUGACGAGUUUACAGUCAUGUCAAAGUGGUUUCUCUUCACUGUCAGCUGGUACAGCUAGCAACCAAUCCAUUGCAGGUUCCUCCUGCCCCUCCAGGAUUUUUAACGUCUUUCAGUCUUCAAAUUCAAAAGGGAUUGAAGUGUCAAAGAUCUCUGAUGGUUCCACCAAGAUGAUUGAAAAUCCAAGAAAUUAAACAACAACAACAGCUGGAAUAUGAAAGGAAAGCGCAUACUUAAUUUAUGCAGGUUCCAUAAAUAAAUAAUCAAGUUUUUUUUUUUAAAUUAUCUAAUUGGAACCAGGUGACAUUUUGUCCUCUUAUCUUUUAAUUUGUUAAAUGGCAACCUUGAUUGUGUCACUUGUAGAUAGACAUCCUUAGGCUGACCCCUGUCAGAUCAUAUAGUAGUAGACAUUUUUAGGUUGACACUUGCCACAAUAGUUUUUACUGUACACAGCACUUUGGUUCCUCCACAAUUGUAUUUUUGAUCCUGUUUGUACAGUUUUUUUAAUGUGUUCACAUUUCAUUAUUGUAUUCAGUGUAAGUUUGAGCAUGGAAUGAGUCCAACUAUUUCUUUUGAUUGUUCAGGAACCAGUGGGGGAGAGCUAGUUAAACCAGAUGAUUAAUGUCAAAAUGAUUUUUUUUUAAAUUUACAAAAUAAAAUUGUUCAAACUUGUGAGUAGGGCAUAAUGUCCUUUAUAUUUAUAUGUUAUUGUUACACUUGAGUGAAAAUGUGUUAGUAUUUUAAACAUAUAUAUGGAUCUAAAAAUGCCAAACUUUUUGAUUGUGCAUAUUAUCUUAAUUAAUAAAGCACUAGCCAAGGUGUUACUUUAACAGAUAUAUAUAUAUAUAUAUGCUUACAUUGUCUAAAAUGCAAGUUUAAGACUCAUGAAAGAAUUUUAAAAAAUAACUUUUCUUUUUAAAAUUUAAAGUUAUGCUUUGAAUCAUUUUUCAUUACUCUUUAUCACUGAAGGCUAAACAAAUUUAAUUUUUUAAGAAACAUAAAACAAAAUCAUACUAAAAAAGGAACAACAAAAAUACACAAAAAACCCAGCACCAAAAAUAAGCUGGUUGGGCAAUUGUAAUGCCUGUUAAGAAAAAGAGUCAUAAUAUAUACUAUUUUUUCCAUGAGUUAACAAGUUCUAAUGGUUAAACUUAGGGAUGAACUAAUGCAUUAACAAGAAACUACAGUUGCAUAGACUGUGUAAGCUGAGUGACAUGCAUUUAAAACAAGAUUAUUAUUUUCAGCUUUUAGCUGAGGAAAAAACAAAAAAAAAACUGUUUGUUUUGAGUUGGCAGUUAAAACAUGUUUACAAUAUUCAUGUCAUCAUAUACUUUAAAAAAAAAGCGUCAUUAGAUUGUAUAUGUUGCAUUUAGUAAUGAAUGAUAGCUGUAUCAAUUCACUCCUCAUUAAUAAAAUAUGACUUCUUUUUGUUUGCCACAUGUCAAGUAAAAACAUAACAUGCUAACGUGAUGGUUUUGUGGGAGAACAAUUGGUUGAAAAGCUGUUUAAAUAUUGCAUGUUUGCUUUUCAUUCUGGCUCUUGUUUGAUGCAUACAUAAAAUAAUUAGCUAAAAGCAUAUCAUAUUUAAAACUGUAUAUAAAAUCUGUACUGUUUAGAUGUAGAAAAGUAAUUAUGCCAGGAUGAAUCAGUGGUUGAAAAACAUUCUAGCAGUACAAUUAAGACAAGGAAAAAGUUUGUAUCUAGUAAAUGUUGUUACAUAGAAAAAAAUGUUCAUCUGAACAAAUUGUAUUUGAGCUUCAAUCAAACCAGUUACUUUGUUCUUUUUUUAUAUUUAUAUAUUGUUGUCUUCUAGCCUAAUAGUUCAAGUAUUUCCAUUAAUUAUUCAAAUGAAUUUUUUUUUUAAUUCAAGGAAGCUCUGUAUAGUUAAUAACUUAUUAAUAUUUUCAUUUAGUGUACAAAAUUCAACUGUAGCUUAUUAUACUGAUUAACAUGUCUGUAAGGUUAUAGUCUAUUUAAAAACAUUUACUUGUAUUAAUAAAUGGUAACUGACUUUAAGAUGUUUAACAAUAUGUUAGUAUUAACACAUGUGUUACCUAGUCAUAUUGAAUGAUACUAAUUAUUUAUUUAUUAUUAGAAAUAUUGUCAUGUUUUUUUGUCAACCAGCUAUUUAAAAAAUGUUUAUUUUAUAACUAUAGUAAAAUUCCUAGUAAAAAUGGCAGAUUAUUUAUUCAUCGUUUUUUUUAAGAAUUCCUGAGACUACAUUAGAUACAUUGCAAUGAACAGAAAUGAAUGUAUAAAGCCUAUGGGCAUGCCGCUGCCCAAUUAUAAGCUGUACUAAUUAGAUGUUGAUUGUUUGGGUGAUCAAUCAAUUAAGGGACAAGUAUCACAAAAUAAAAGGAAGGAGAGAUAAGCAAUGAUUUUUUUUCUUUAAAAUUACACACAAAAUAUAUGACAAUUUUUUUAUAUGCUAACUUCUCCUUCCUCUGUUCAUUUUCAAUUAAAUUGUUGGUUCAAUUGAUAUAGAAACUUCUACUGUUGUCAUAGUGAUCAUAGCAUGUUGCCACCUUGUUUGAUUACAUUAUGAGUCUCAAAGAGAGUCCUUGUAUAAAUAAGAUAUUAGCCUGGCUGGGUUUUUUGUUUGUGAUCUGCACAUUCAACAUCUAGUGGUGCUGUAAAUAGAUACAUGACUUUCCAAAUUUAGUUUUUAUUAUGGAAUAUGAUCAGAUGUUAUAAUAUAGCAAUAUGAAAUGGCAUCAAUUCUUUUUACACAUGUUUGAAGAAAUCUAGUUUUGAUGUUCUUUUUAUCAUUAAGCUCUUUAUUUUUUUAAAGUAUACAGACAUGAACCAUAGACAACCUAACUUUAUACUUCAUACAACAAUCAUUGACAUAAAUCCUAAUUUUAAAAAAUAGAUAAUUCUCUGGCUUUCUUAAACAUAAACAAAGGAAUUUUUCAUGGCUAUUAUUAGUUCUUGGUAAUAAGCUUCUGUCUUCUUUGUUACACAAAAGACAUAUAGUCUUUGUCCUAAUUGUUACAAUAUUAGUUUCUGGGACACUUUUAUGUAUUAUUACAUCUGUUUUCUGCAUUCACAAUUACUGUCAUCUCUAUCAGUUCACCUUAUCACUAAUUAAAACUUUGUAUUUGUGAUUCUUCUAGGGAAUAAAAAAAAAUGUAAUCACUUUUACAUCCCCAGCAAAUGUCAGAUACCCAUUAGAGCUGGAUAGAUGUUCUCUUAGUCUCAAUCUAAUCUCAAGCUUCACUGGUACUUGAGAUGGGUUUAGAGGUCAUACUUUUUACUACUCAGCCACACAAACAUUAUAUUAAAAACUAGAAAAGAUAUUUUAAAAAUAUUUUUUUGGACUGAUUUCAAAUGAGGCUAUAUGUCAAAAUAUUUUCUAGUGCUUAGUUGUUGAAUGAACUGUUUCGUUUCUUCCUUUGAACUAAGAACUAGAAGGACUGAGAACUGAAGUGCCCCAGUUUAUGAUGGUAUUAUCUGACCAUGAUUUUAUCUUUUACCUUAACAUACCUUGGUAGACUUAACCUGAGCUGAACAAAGCUUAGGCUUGAUAAUCAAGCUGUUUGUCACUUUGUUUUUCAAAAACUGCUCAGUAAUAUCUUUUUGUGUGUUUUAAAAAUUGGAGUAAACAGUAUGUGGGAAGCAAUAUUUUUUUUUGUAAUGAGUUGAAAUUGUAUUCAAGCUUAUGCUAUUUUUUUUAAUGCUCAGUAUUAUACCAAUGUGAUCCAGUCAUAAAUGAGACUUAAUAGAAUUGCUAUAAAUAUAUAUAUAUUUUUUUUUU